ACCGAGAGUUAAUGCGGAAUGACACAGCUGGAUGCUAUGGCCAAGGCUCGUACAGCCGAUCCUAGUUAUGCAAUUUUUUCGGGAUUUGAUAUGCUGUGUAGGUCAAAGUUUUGGAAAACCCAAGCCAUUCUUGCAACACAAAGUCUGAGAGCUGGUGAACAGUCGUGUAAUUCCCUGAGCAUUAGAUGUGAGCAUGUCUUAUCUCAAACGUUGGAGGCAGAAUAUAGGGCCCAUGUUAAUUCACUGGCAUGGAGUAGUAGCAGUGAUGAUGAUUUAGCACAGGAACGUUGUGAUCCUGCUUCAACAAAUGAACCUCCUAUAGCAAAUAGGGAAGAUUUAAACAAUCUUCCUAGCUCUGAUUCUGAUGACACUGAUUAUGAAUAUUUGGAUAAAGUUUUGUCCGAUUUAGAGACUGACUCAGAUUACUCCGAGGAGGAGGAGAUUGCGGAAGAAUGUCAACCAUUUUCUGCAGAACUCGCCAGUUGGGCAACUGAAAGUCGAUGUACCCGUGCAAAUUUAAACAAGCAACUCGUCCUCCUCAGAGAACAAGGAUUACCACUACCAAAGGAUGCCCGCACACUGUUGAAAACACCACGAACUGUACAGGCAUUAGAAAAAUGUGGGGGUCAGUACAGAUAGUUUGGUGUUGAAACUGGAAUUCUCAAAAUUUUAGUCCACAAUCCAACUUUUAGAAGAAACUGUGAUAUAAUUCAACUUACUCUUAACAUAGAUGGAGUUCCAUUGUUUAAAUCUUCAGGAACUCAAUUCUGGCCAAUCCUAUGCUCUUUCAGCAAGUUUGAACCAUUUCUUGUGGCUCUUUUUUAUGGGAAAACUAAGCCAACAUGUGUUACAGAUUUCUUGUGUGAUUUUCUAGAAGAAAUAGAUUCAUUGAAAGAAAAUGGAAUUACAUUUGAUGAUAAAACAUUUCGCGUGUCA